GGCAUCUGACAUAACUCCGGAGAGUCUAAUAUCUCCGCAGGUCAGGGAGCAGUCUAAACAUAUCUUUGGCCAGGGAGGCCGCCGCCGCUGCCAUUGAUCGGAGGAUUAGCCGGCUCCAGCUGCCGGGGAUUAGGGGUAAUUGCGGCAGAAUUAGUGACCCUGGGCAAUGUCCCAGUGACGAGCUCCAGGCGCUGAAUUUCACCCCAGUCUAUAUUUCUUCUUCUCCCUGAAUCCGGAUUAAGAUGGCCAUGACGGUGUGGCUCAUUCUCACUAGCCUGCUCUCCGUAUAUUUGGGGGGUUCAAAUGCCACGAAUUACCCAUCUCGGUACAGCCUGUACACCGGAGGAUCCCCCCAGGGCCAGGGGGUGACACAGCCUCAGAAUGGGCUCCGAGCCGCCAGCAGACACAGGAACUGGUGCGCGUACGCGGUGACCCGGACGGUCAGCUGUAUAGUAGAAGACGGCGCAGAGACGUACGUGAAGCCAGAGUAUCAGCCAUGUAUCUGGGGGCAGAUCCAGUGCCCACGAAAUCUGGUAUACCGCAGCUUUGUGAGGCCCCGUUACAAAGUUUCCUACAAGACGGUGUCAGACAUGGAGUGGAAGUGCUGCCAGGGCUACUCAGGGGAUGACUGCAUGGAAGGGCCGGCCGGAGGGGCUCAAAUCACCACUACCAGGCCGAGGCCUAAACCCGGAAGACCCGGCCUGUCAGGAUCCAGUGGGGGCAGCAACCUGAGCGGCACCGGCGGAGAAGGUCAAGAAGAAUCGGAAAAGGUAAAACAGCUGGAAGACAAGGUGCAGCAUUUGACCAAAGAGCUGCAAAACCUGCAAAGUACGAUGCAGGGCAUGAGCGAGAAGUUCCAGACUGAGAUCCAACUCGUCCUGAAUGGGAAACAACCUGCGGAUUCCGCCAACAACCAACCGGAAAUGAAGGAAACCCUCAAUGAGAUCCAGAGUCGAUUGAUAGAGCUCGAUAAUAGGAUCACUUUUCACGAUGAUCAACUGGGCAAAAUCAACAAUGCCAACGACAAGCAGACGAGCAGCUCAGACAACACAACGAGCCAAAAGAUUUCCGAAAUACGGGGAGAUAUUCUGAGAGAGGUGGAAAGGAGGAUGCAGCAGUCGUGUUCGGCCUGCCUUUCAGGAGUCGAAGGAUUCCGAAACGAGCAGAAUGAGGAAAGGGAUCGAAUCCGAGGGCUUGAAAAGCUGAUCAGCUCUGUAGACCAGAGGAACCGGGAGGCCGUGCAGAACAUCCAGGCCCACGUGGUCGAGUUGACAACGCGCAUGCCUAAGGACUGCUGCUCUGAACUAAAUGACCUUCGCAAGCGGGUGAGCGAGACAGAAAGGAAAGCAGAUACGCUCUCCGGAUCUGUUGUUGCCCUUACAGUUCGUCUGGAUGGCAAACUGGAUGACAGUGAUAAGGACACCAUCACCCAGAUAGAUCAAAAUCUCAACAGCCGUCUGGAACACAUUGAAGGUAGGAUGAACAUCACACAGAGGAGUCUAGAAGAUCACUAUUAUCAUUAUCGGGAUGGCAUUCAGGAUGAGAUCAACAAGCUAAAGAAUGAUUUGGAGGAUCGCAUCAAAGGCAAUGAGGAGAAGGUAAAUAUGCUCCUGACUGAGCUGGGAAACAGCUCUGGGAUUGAUGACUCAAUCUUUCACACAAUUGCCAGCUUUGGCCUGGAUGUUAACUCUUUAAAGAACCUGGUGGGUAAAAAUGAAGAGGUCCUUGGGACUGUUGUCCAGGACAUCGAGAGCCUCAAGAGACAGGUGACCAGCACGAUAAACAGUUGCACUGACCAAUGCACCACAAGCAGCUUGGAGAUGAAGGACACAUUCUCUGACCUGGACAGACGGGUGAAAUGGAACGAAGACAAGAUCCGCAUUAUCAGCUCAGACAUCAAUGGCCUUCGAUUAUCAGGGAACUCUUUGCAAAAUACCCUCGGAGGCCUUGAGGGUGAAUUAACAAACAUUAAGGUGCUGGUGGAGGCUAACGGGGAGUCUUUGACUAAGAUGUCUACUGACAUGGAUGACCUGGAAGGCAGGCUGGCUACCACCAUUCUCACAGGGGUGGACACAUACGAUUCCACAAGUAAAGACAUUCAACGUUACCAGAAUGAGACCAACAGGAAGAUGCUUGAUUUGGAAAACGGUAUAAGAUCACUCACUACCAUGAUACAGUUUGAUUACAAAAGCUGCGGGCAGGUUUGCUCCAAUUUACAGGAAGAGGUGGGCAAGUUAAAGGAGCAGGUAGAGGAAUGUAAGGGCAGCUGCCAACACGUUCAGAAAAAAGAGGAGGAGGGCAAGGAUCACAUUGGCUCUAGCAAACCACUGGAUGGCUUCAGUGUCUUUGGAGGGAGCUCCAACAUAGACUUGAAGUCUAUGCAAGGAGAGCUGUCCAACAUUAUUGUGACCUUCAGCUCCUUGAACGACACCAUCAAAGACCUUCAAGAGACUGUUGGAAAACACCAGACAGACAUCAUUGAGCUAGGAACCACCAAGGACAAAAUAAUCUCUGAGAUCAAUAAGAUCCAGGAAGAAGUGACAGAGCACAUCGAAGACAACUCGGAAAAGUUUGAAAAUGUAGAGAAGGAGAUCAGAAGAUUUGGUAGCACGGUCCUGGAGGAGACACAGGAUUGUAGACGUUCUGCUGGAGGGCUGGACGACAGAGUGUCUAAGCUUGAAAAUGUCUGCCUUAAACUGGACUCAGUGUCGGGGAGUCUGCACAAGAUCAAGGAGAAUUUGGGUAAACACGUGUCAGGCCUGUGGAACUGUGUCCAGGAGAUGAACAGCACGGUCAGGACGCACAGCGCGUGGUUUGAUAAGCUUCACAACAGCCAAUUGAACGGGAUAAACAAGAGACUGAACAGCCUGAACAGCUCCGUGUUGGUCCUGUCUUCUGAGUUCCAGAACUUCACCGUGCAGGACUUUAUGGGACCCCCAGGUCUUCCUGGCCCACCAGGUCCUAUAGGGAAACAAGGACCACCCGGCCCACAAGGUCCACCCGGCCCAGCGGGGAAAGAUGGAGCCACAGGAAAGCAGGGACCCGUUGGACCACCUGGGCUGCGAGGGGAACAAGGUCCUACAGGUGAGGCUUCCUUAGUGCCACAAAUCUCCUUCUCUGCUGCCCUCACCAUCCCCCAGGUGGACCCUGGUACCAUCACCUUUGACAAGGUUCUGGUGAAUGAUGGCAACGCUUAUGACCCAUCAAGUGGGAUAUUCACGGCUCCUGUGGAAGGACGUUAUUUUAUUAGCGCCAUCCUUACCGGCUACAAGGAUGAGAAGAUGGAAGCAGUGCUCUCCAAAUCCAAUUACGGCAUCGCCCGAGUAGAUUCUGCCGGCUAUCAGCCCGAGGGCCUGGAGAAAAAGCCUCUGGUGGAGAAUAAGACCAGCGCCGGGUCUCUGGGGGUGUUCAACCUUAUUCUGCAGCUGGAUGCCGGGGACACGGUCUGUAUCGACCUGGUGAUGGGACGACUGGCGCACUCGGAUGAGCCACUCACCAUAUUCAGCGGGAUUUUACUCUACGAAGGGGAGGUGGACAUAUAGCGGACCUCCUCUGGCCCCUUCAGAACCGUUUAUUGAAACAAUCUAUCUACUUCACCUGCUAAUGGAAAGGCGACUUAUGUUGAGGAUGAGUUUAUAAAGGAUUUUGUUCACUGCUUUACGGUGGGAUGGAGCCCAGAUGGAAAUGUGGUUCAUGUGAUUUUACUUUCAGGAGUCUCAACCAGCUGAGGUCACAAAACAAUGAUUAUUCUCUACGUGGAGAACUACUACCACUCAACAGAGCCACAUAUAUUUAUUAACAGGGGGGUUAUUAUUUUUUAUUACUAUGCCAAAAUACUUAAGCUGCGCCAACGUUUCAGGGAAACCCACGAUAUUUUGGGACUAAUGGUUGUCUUUCCAAAGGCUCAGUCUAAAGCUAUUUCUGUAUUAGAGCGCAGUACGGCGCACUUGGGAGCUGAGCAGCCGCGUGGCCUCAAAGUAACCCCUCUGGGGUGGACCGUGUCAAAUGAUAAAGGGGUACGGGAAGAUGGGGGGCAGAUGCUCUGUGGUACUGGGACGGAGAUUGAAAUGAUGAGAUAGAAGGAGAGGAAAUAUCCCCCGGUGAGGGUUGAGACCACCGUGGACAGAGCGGCCGGACUGCGGCACUAAAUCGCAGGGCAUGCUCACUGCAUGGAGUCCAUUUAAACACCGCAGGGAAAUCCUACAUAUUACUGUACAGAAUUCCUAAUAAACCUGUGUAAAGCCGC